AUGUCUGACGGUUUGAACGAUCAACGCGCUGAGCGUGUAGCAGAUCUCCUCUCAGAUUUCAGAACUCUACAAUAUUAUAUUGCAGGCGUAUCAACUGAGCCACUUCACCAAGAUGAUUACUACUGCGAGGGUUGGGCAGCACUUCGACAGUGUUCCAUUGAUGGGCAACAUGUCUUGAACAGUGCGGCAGAGACUCGGGUUCCUCGUGUCAGAGGUGGUCCCGAAGAGCAAGCAAAAGCAGAAUUGCAGCAGGUCAUGCUUGACGCUUUUGCUCGUCGCCACGAAGCUCAGAAGAUUUAUCUUCGUCAGGGAGCUGCGCUUCGCUGGGUGGAAUGGCGGGACUCGGUACUCGCAGGCGAGAGACCUCAUGGUGGAAAUGCCAAUCAAUUGGAUGCUUGUGAUGUCCAAUUGAGAGUUGAACUCGCGGCAAUCACGGAUGAUUCGAUUUACGCUGAUAUGCGAUCCAGCGACUAUCAGAUGGGCAGAUGGACCCAAGAAGAUCCCCGAUUGAGGGAUGUUCAACGAUGGGUGCGCGCAAGACAGUAA